AUGUCAGCCACCGCCGCUCGUAUCACCUGCCUCGCUGAGCGCAAUGCUUUCCGCAGGGACUCGGUCGCCGGAGUGAUGGAUGUCGCACCAAAGUCUGAGCUGCUCGAGCGGGCGGAGGAGCGGCGCGAGGCGACCUACCUGUCGCGGCAGCGCGAGCCUCUGGGCGCGUCGUACGUUCGCGGGCACGCCAUCCCGCCGCAACUCUUGGAGACUGGCUUUGGGAAACCUGGCGAGGUGAAGGCAACCGUCUCCCAAACCAAGGAGCUGUUUGCGCUCCCGGACGAGCGCACUCCAGCUCAACACGCGGCGUACGUCAAGUCGCACGGUAGCUACGCGCCGGGCGAGCAGAUACGGCGCAACUACAGCUGGAAGACCCGCGAAGGAGCCAUCGAAAACCCGUGGGAGUAUGGCUGGGGCGGCCAGUCGGAAAAACCGGAGUUGAAUCAAGUGGGCAAGGCGCUCUCGGGGGAGGGCUACGGCUCGACGGAGGGUGGAGCCUCCAACCCUCAGAUGCGGGCCUACAUUGAGCAGAGGCGGCACGCGCUCGGCAAGCCGCGUGCGCUUGGCCACGACAACACCGCGUCGAGCAUCGAGGCCUGGCCUGCUGAGGCGAGGAGCGCAGCUGAGUCGGGUCCCUUCACCGCCAGGUGCUGA